UUGGGCCUGAUGCAAUUUCCAGACAUUGCUCUAGAGACAAUGGAGCUAGUAGAAGCAACACAGCCAGCAGAUACAGGGGAGCCUAAGGAGCCAGAGUAUUUUAACCCUCUCCUGAGGCUUGCUCUCACUGGAGAUGUGGAGGGUGUGCAGCAGAUUUUUGCCAACCCAGAAGACCCUGAUGGUGAAAAGGCCAUGCAACUUCUCGUGGAAAAGGACAUCGUAGGGAGAGACCUACUGUAUGCAACCAGCAUGGCUGGACAGAGUGCAGUCAUCAGAGCACUGGCAAAAUACGGAGUGGUCAUGAAGGAUAAAACAGCCAGAGGUUACACACUCCUCCACUGUGCUGCGGCCUGGGGCCAGCUGGAGACUUUGAAAACUCUGGUAGAACUGGAAGCUGAUAUUCUAGCGACGAACUUCCGGGGUGAAAAGGCCCGAGAUAUAGCCGACCGUUAUGCACAGACAGACUGCGUCGAAUUCCUGGACUGGGCAGAAGCUAAGCAGGCUCUGCGGACGUUCAUCGCCCACAUCCAGGCAACGAUUGCAGACCCAGAGAAGGUGCAGGGAAGGCUGAACAAGGAAGACAAGAACAUGUCUCUCAGCGCCUGUCGUGUAAAAUGUGAUUGGCUUGAGAACGCCAAGGAGCCCACCAGACAAGAUUUCCUGGAUCAGAAGCAGCAGCUGGAAGAUAUCAUGCUUCCCAUCUUCACAAAGCUGGCCACGCCCCGUCCUCCGACAGCUAAGAGCACCAGGUCAGCGCUGAACUGCAGCAAAAUCUGA